GGGGAUUUUCAAUGGGCUUGUCAGGUGUGACCAGGUGACCGCCCGGCUCGUCGUGUGGAGUCGAAGACGAGAAGCACACCGGUUCCGCCCGUUUUCGCUUCACCUUUCCGCCUCUGUUUUCGGUUGGCAACGGACCCUUCGUUGAACGGGUGGUCGAAACCCCAGAAGCGAAGGGAGCUCGAUCCGCCUCGAAACCCAAGCAGUUCAGACAGGUAUAAGGGUUUUGUCAACCACAUACUGCCGCCAUACUGCCUCCGCCCGCAUUCUUGGCUCGCGACCGAACAGCACCGGUCAAUGUAGCUCCCAUGACGUUCUGUUGGCAGGCGUUGGCCCUGCUGGCCCUGGUGGACGGAGCCCAGUUGGGCUCGAAGAAGGCGAACUGGUGGCCCAGCUUUGGUGGGUCCGCAUUGCCGGAAGAUGUCCAGGCUCUGGUGAGUUCCAGCGGGGACGAAGCGCUGCCCUUGAAGGCUCCUGCCGUUCCGGUGCCACAUUCGCCGGUGGUGAGGCCGCUCCGGGCAGUGUCGCCCGGCGCGCCAACGGCGCCUGCAGCUCCCGCGGUGCCGAGCAUGGCGCCGGUGGCGGAAUACGACGAGGUGAGUGCGCCGAGCACAGCGAAGCCUUCAGCUGCCCAAGCAGUUCUGUCCGCGCUGAUUGGCCUGAAGUUGGAUCCGGAAGCACCGGAGGAGGCGGAGAGCAACGAGGCCGCGGCCGCAGCGCCGCCGCCCGCCCCGCGGAGGGUCCGCACGGUGCCGGCUGCGGCUCGGGCGCUGCCGGCCUUGCUGCGCGUCAGCGCAGGCAACCGGCCCGAUCCGUUGGCCCAAUGCCUGGAGUUUGCCCGGUGGGCGAAAAAGAAGAAGAUCCAAGGGAAGGAACUCACCAAACUCUUCAUGAGCACGUGCAGCGCCGGUGCGGGUGCAGCGCCCAAGAAGUAUGUGGAGAUGUGCCAAGGAGUAGAGUCGGUGGUGACGGUCUUGGAGCGCCAGGAGGAUUGGAUCCCCGCACAGGCCUGCGAUUUGCUCUUGACCCACUUCCGCAAGCGAAAGAAGACGACGAUUGGAGGGAUGUGGACCCUUUCCGCCGGUGUGUUUCGUUCUGGUCCGGUGUGGGCAGCAACCCACUGGAAGACUGAGCCGAGACGACACGGGGCGUUCGACCGACCGGGCGACCGAGCCGACACCGGCGCGGACCGCGGACUGGCGCAUGUCGAGAAAAGAGUGUCUUGAAGCAAAACGGAG